UCCCUAAGCUUGAGGCUGGUUUCACAUAGCCACGAACACUUCUAGCUCCUGACAGUGGAGGAAUAACAAGCUAUUGCACCUUCAGCCCACAAUUCCUAGUGAGCCCAGCUACCUGAGCCAUCAUUUUAUUGACAAAAAAAAGAACCAUCAUUUUUAAAAGAAAAUUGACAAAAAGAAAAAAAACAGUUUCAACCAGCAACCAGAUCCCACACCAAACCCUAGUCUUCCAACCUCUUCACCUUCGAUCUGCAGUCCAGCCACCUUCACCGCGCCGCACGUCGCCGUCGGAGUACGCCGCUGCAAGUUGAUGCCACUCUCUUCGCAAAAACCCUACCAGGAACAUCAAGAUCGCGAAAUUGCUGGCUGUUUUGAGUGGGAAUCCACCCCCUUCCAUCAAUCCACAUCAAAUUGAAGCAAAGGAGGUAGGUAGGUGUUACAGCUAGUGUGCGCAACACUUGUACAUUUACAGUUUUUGUUGAUAUGAUCUAUGGCACAUUCAGGAGUUUCACACCACUAGUACUGUUGCAGAAUUCAUUGAAUUCUCGAGUGAAAUUCUCCUCUAAGUGUUCUCCUAGGAAGAUAACAAUGGAAGGAAGAAAGCUUAAUUGUAGCAUGGAGGGAAACAUAAACGAGUCUAGAGGUGCCUUAGUUGUUCUAGAAGGCUUGGAUCGUUCUGGGAAGUCUUCUCAGUGUACCAGACUAGUGUCCUACUUAGAGGGGCAAGGAAUCAAUGCUGAACUAUUGAGAUUUCCCGACCGAACCACGAGUGUCGGUCAAAUGAUAUCUGCCUAUCUUACUAACACAUCACAAUUGGAUGAUCAUACCAUUCAUCUCCUCUUCAGUGCUAACCGUUGGGAGAAGCGAUCGUUGAUGGAAACAAAGCUGAAAAGUGGAACAACUCUCAUUGUUGAUCGUUAUUCUUAUUCCGGGGUGGCUUUCUCUUCUGCCAAAGGGCUUAAUUUUGAAUGGUGUAAGGCCCCGGAGAUUGGGUUGUUGGCUCCUGAUCUGGUUGCAUACCUUGACAUAUCACCGGAGAAAGCUGCAGAAAGAGGAGGGUAUGGAGAUGAGAGAUAUGAAAAGCUCGAGUUUCAGAAAAAAGUUGCUCAGAGUUACAAAGUUCUUCAUGAUCACUCCUGGAAGGUUGUAGAUGCUUGCCAACCCAUAGAAGAUGUGGAGAAACAGCUACAAGAGAUGGUACUUGAUUGUGUCACAGAAUGCAGGAAGGGUAGGCCACUUUCCCCCUUGUGGUCGAUAUGAACAAGUAUGCCAUAUAAGUUCUGGUCACCCAAGUUUAUCAAUGCUUAAUUCUGGUUCUUUCAUUCCUAUUUAUCAGAAUUACAAAUUUGUUUGUUGAGUAAUUCUGGAGAACGUAUAAUAUGCUAUAGUGUGGAAGUGAUGAAGAAUUCUUGAGUCAACAAUUGUUAUGCAGCAGCUUUCCAUAACCAUGAUUAGUGACAUUUUUAUC